GCAGAUGAGGAGUCAAGUUCGUCGUAACGUCAUCGCAUCAAAACUUAUUCCUGAUCCUUUACAUUAUAUUCUGGACUCUUUCCUAUCGCAUUCUCCUCACUGGCAUAGAUAUUUUUUUUAAAUUCCAUAUUUGGUAAUUAUUUUCAACAACUGCGUAAAUUGCAAUUGUUGAUAAUGUUAAGUAUUCUACUUAGAGACAAUAUUAAACUACUGCGCUGCAACUGGUUGUUUAAUGCCUUGCUCAGUCCACUAUCUCAUCCUCAACAUUUACAAGUGAAUAUUAAACUGAUCCAAAGCUUUCAUCGGCUUCCUUUGGAGAAAACUAAAUGAAAAUGUGCUCAAAAUAUUUACAUUUAUCAAUCGUAUACAUAAGUUGUAAAGUGAAGUGAUAUUAUCAAGAAAUCUGGAAGGCUUUAGGUGAAACACUGAAAAAGAACCUCGAGCUGGAAGCCGACAAUUUACGAAAUCCAACGAUAGAAUUAUGUCUGUUGUUACUUGAAGGAAAAGCAAACAGUAACCGCUUCGCAUUGAAUGAAAUAUAGACCUUAAGUAAGUGAAAAUGACCAACUCCACGAGCAAGGAAUCUUCAUUGAAGCAACAUCUCCAGUCAUUCCAACAGAUACCAACGAACAACAUUUAUACAAGAAAACCUCAAGAGAGUGCGUCUUCUAAACAAAAGAUGCCACGACCAAUACUGCCCCCUAUUACACAUAAGGGACAAGAACGAUAUGAGUGGAAAUGCUUACCCGACUCUUACAUGUGGACGCUAGCUCGUACGUACAGUGUAAAAAACAUGAGGAGAUGCAUUCGUAAUCGUUACAUGGAUAUUUUACUACGUGAAGGCAGUAAAGGUUUCCAUUCUCAACACACUAUCCAAGCCUAUGCAGGUUCUAUAUCCGCCGCUCUUUAUAAAGAUUCAAGAAUGAUCGAACAGAGUAAAACUCCAGACAAAUUCGAUAUUUUAUUCAAGAGAAAAUCGAAAUCUCAUUCUACGGAUACAGAAGGUGGUGCUACUUCAGACAAUAAUAAUUAUUCUAAGUUAAACUCAUCACACAGGAAUUCUAGUAUCGUGCGAACUAAUGCCAGGAGACAGAUUCCACGAAUUAACCAACAACAUACAGGAAAAGGGAAUUCAGAAACGAAUGUUUUGAAACCUAAGCCACUUGAAAAUUGUCCUCCUCCAGAAAAGGGCACUACAGGGAGACGUCGGAAAGGUCGCGGAAACUUUGACAGAGAGAAAAGUCAGACUGAAAAGGAACAAGCAUCAGAAAAAGAAGAGAUGGCGGGUCAAACGACAGGAAAGGGAGAAGAUAAUAUUUCCAAUUCCAACCAAUCUGUAGAAAAAACUAGUAACAGAACAGACUUCCCACGUGGGAUUUCUGAACGAAACACUUACAAGAAUAAAAGUCGUAAACGAACAGCCAAAGAUGAAACAAAUUCUACAAAUUUGACGGUCACUGUAGAUGUUGAAGAAGAAAAACAUCAAUCGAGAGAUGAUUCGAAAGUAAAUGUGAAAGAUAAAACCGCAGGGAAAAAAGAUGUAAACACACAUGAAAAUAUCAAACAGGCUAAAAGGAAGGAAAAAUUAAAAAAGAAAUCGAAUAAAAAUUCUGAAGUUCUAAGACAAAGUAGCAAGGCUGUUGUUGAUUCCCAGUUACCCGAAUAUUCUAAACAAAACGAUGACGUUGAUCCAGAUAUGAAAAAUAGUCAAACUGGUCAGAACGAUAUAAACAAUGAAGAAACCGUUGAUAAUCAUUCCAAUAGUAAUGAAGAGAAAAAUAACGAUUCUACGGUAAGACAUUCACCAGUUGAUGUAAAUGUAAAUAAACAAAGUCAAGAAGUUUCUGUAAAUGAGAGAAACGCUGAGAGCAAGGAUGAUACUGGAAAUGCCGACAAUUUUUCAAAUAAAACUAAAAAGGAGGAAAGUAAAUCAGAGGUUACAAAUGACCCAAAUAUAGAUACUACUUCAGCUGACGUAAAUAAAACAGACCAAGAGAAUGUUAAAACGAGUGAAGAAGAAAAGCAUACAUCUGACAACGAAGAUAUGAAAUCUGAAACACCUCGAGACAAUGUUAAUGCUACGCACAAUAAUGAUAGAUUUAGUCCGCAAAAAUCUAAUGAAAAUGUAGAUGACGUCUCAGAAUCAUCUACUGUGGACUUAAAGCAAACUCCAAAGCUAAAAACCAGAGAGUCCAAUGAAAAUAUCAAUAUUCAUCAAGAGAAGGAACAGGAACAACUUCUGCCAAGAGAUGACAAUGAACCUGACUCUGUAGAGAGGAAAUCUGAUUCCAUAUUAGAUGGAAAUACUCCUAAGAAGUAUACAGAAACUGAUACACAAAACGGUGAGACUUUGGAUAAUAAUUCUCCAUCACUCCAUAACACUUCCGUAGAUGAUGAUGAUGAUGAUGUGAAUAGCCUUGCUGCUUACCAAAAGGAAGAUAUCAAUGAUGUUCAGGAAAGAGACAAAGAGACAAAAACCAAGGAUGCAGGUGGUGAUACUGAUAAAAAUGAAAUGGAACUCACAGCUGAAAAUCUCACAGAUGACAUUGAUGUAACUUAUGCUGCAAAAACUGAUAAUGAAAAUGGACGUUCGGACGACAAUUUACCCGAUAAGAUAAUUGUAAAGGAUUCUAGGAGUGAGAAUGUGAUAACUAAUGCAGAAGAGACAUGUACAGCAGCUGAAGUUAUCGACAGUGAUUCAAAUGUUUCUAGAGAUGUAAAUAUUGAUAAUAAUGCAUCUAAACAUUCAGAUGAUAAUGCUGUCAGCGAUACUGACACUAUAAAUAAUUACACAAAUGCUGUAGUUGAUGAAGGGGUCGAUACGAAAGUCGUUGAUGACGGGAAUAUUUCCCACCAAACUGAUAGAGAUUUAGUCACUGAUAUAUCUGAAGACACUAAGAUUGUUAUUGGAGAUGAUAAUAUUAAUACUGCUGUAGCAGGUGAUAUUCAACGCUCCAAUGAUUUGGGAGACGUCACACCUGACAGUGUAAGCUUAGUCCGUAGUAAAGUGAAUUCAAACAAGGCAAGACGAGAUUCCCUUGAAGGAAAUGAUGUCCCAUCUCACUUUAACAGUGAAGAUGGAGUAGAAAAUGAAACAAAUGACAAAGAAAAGAACUUUAAUGAUGAUUCCAGAAACACGAGAAAUGAUGAAUAUAAUGAAGACUCCUCUAAUGAAAUACCAAAUAAUGCACCCCAAAACCUUAUUACUGACAGCAAUAAAGAGACCAGUGAUAUUUCUGCUGUCAAUAUCCCUAACAACUUUAAAGAAAGCGUGGAUAGCACACAAGCUGAGGCUGGCCAUGAUGACAACACAUUAAUAAAUGCAAAUAAUGGUCAAAAUAACCAGUCUAAAGAACAGAAAAAUAUUUCUAAUGGAGAAAGUGUUGAUAACUUUACAGAUGAUAGAGAUGGAACGUUGAACCGUUCUGUUAUCAAUGGAAACAGACUUGAAGAUAAUUUGCCAGCGAUGACGAGUUUCGUCGAAAAUAACGACAGAAAAUCUGAUGAAAAUAGCAAAAUGGAUGAAAGUGAUAACAUUUUAAACGCAGUUGUGGAAAAUACCGAAAACGAUGAUGUUACAUAUAGUAAAAAUGAGAACUUUCAGAACGAGAAUGUUGGCGGAAUCGAAGUUUUAUCUGAUUCUGCUCGAGAUAAAUCUGGAACUCCUGACGUGCUUGAUAAUAGCAAUGACAUUUUGAGAAUCGCUGAUACAGAAGACAAUAUUCAGAACAUAAAUGAAAAUGAAACAUCCCCUCGCGAGAAAAACGUUACUGGGACCAAGAAAACUGAGCUUGAUAACAUGACCUCUGACUGUGAAGGCUUCGUUGCUGCAGAUAGCAAAACUAAAGACCAACAUAGCUCUUCUUGUGUAGAAGAGCGUGAUAAUAAUGAUAAUAAGGAUGGUUAUGGAGAUGGAGAUGGUGAUGGUAACAGAAGGGCUGGUGAUGGUAACAGAAGGGAUGGUGAUGGUAACAGAAGGGAUGGUGAUGGUAACAGAAGGGAUGGUGAUGGUAACAGAAGGGAUGGUGAUGCUGUUGAUGAUGGCAAUGGUAAAGGGGGUGAUGUUAUUGAGAGAAGUAGAGAAACUAUUAGUUUAACUAGAGACUAUAAUGAAACGAAUGAUGGUGUAAAUGUCGCAGAGGACGGUUCUACGGAACCUGACGUUGGUGGCAGUGUAGAAGUUAAACUGAGUAACGACGGAGAUGUGCAGAAUACAAGAACAGACUCAGAGAGUGCGAUUAAAGAUGGCAUGUAUAGUAACGGUAGUCCAACUCCGCCACAGAGUGCAACCGAACAUGGUGAGGCUAACGGAAGUACUGUAAAUGCUGCAGAGACUACUGCUGCAAAUACUGAUGAUAACACAGUAAAAAGGCGUGACAGUAGAGAUGGUGGUGGCAAUAAUGUCUCACGGGAAGUUUCCAUGAGUAUUGAUGAAGAUGGAGAUGUUAAUAAAGUUACAGGAAGUACUACAUUAGUUGGUGAUGUUAACAUAGAUGCAGUCAUAGAGAAGAAUGCUACUGAAGAUAAUGUUAGCAAUGGUGAAUCGGAUGUUACAGGAAAGGCUGCUGAUAACGAUAGCAUUAACACUGCUUCAGUAGGAAUUAUAGGUAGUGUUACUACUGACAAUACUGUCAACAAGACUGAACUCGGAGUUACUGUCGAUGAAGAGGAUACCAAUGCUACAUCAGAAGUUACAGAGAGUAAUCCUGUUGAUGGUGACACUAGCCUUUUUGCUUCAGAGGUUACAAAAACUACUCCUGGAGAUGAAAAUGUGAACAAUGGUGUAAUGAAAGUUACAGACAGUCAUAAUGUAGAUAGUGAUGGUGCGUAUGUUGACAAACGAGGGGCAGAGAGUAAUACUGAGCACAAGAGUGAUAAUGAUAAACCAGCAGAGAAUACGAACAGUACUACAAAGGAUGAGGACGUUAACCUUGUCCCACCGAUAAUUACAGAGAGAAAUAAUGGAGACGGCGAAACUAACGUCAGCGCGGAGGAAGUUAAGCAGAACACUAAAGAGGUUAAUGAUGUCAAUAAUGCAGUAGAGAAUGGAGGGUCUAGUAGUGAUGAUAAAAAUAUUGGCUGAGGAAGAAGGAGUGAGUUACUGACACUAUAUCAAGAUAUUAUCAUCAUUUUGCUGGGAAUCGUAAAAGUUGAAAAAUAAAAGAACGGAAUUUGUAUAUUCGGAGUAGAACCAAAAUACUUGAACAUGUAUUUUUACGUGAGAAAACAUUUCCUUAUGCGGUCAUUUGUAAUUUUCACAACAACAUUGAAUACAUUAAAAAAAUGAAAAAGAAUAUGUUGAUUCAUAAAUAUAAAAACAUUGGUGAUAAAUUUUGUGAAAUCCUUGCCUUAUCCAUCCAUAGACUAAUUUAGAAACAUUGUAUUGGUCAGAAAUAGUAAAGUUCCCAAAGAGAAUGAAAGAAAAGGGAAACGCGAUUAUGAUGGACAAGAGAAGAUGACGUCCAAUACUUUCAUGUAUGACUUAACUCAAAUAUGACGUAAUACAAAAUCCAGUAGAAAAUAUGUCAGCUUCAAAACUGAUUUUCAAUGAAAGUGUCUUGCCAUACGUUAUGAAUAAUUGACCUGUUAUUUCCUGUUUUUAAAAAAAAUGUUAAUUUA